UAAGGGCCGAGAGAAGCGGGCCCUUAGCAACGGGGAGACGCUUCGCCCGGCGAGCCGGGAGGGAGCGGCGGAGGCGCCAUGGCUGGCCAGAGCCCCGAGCCCUCCAUGGGCAGGCACAGGCCGGCCUCGGAGCUGACUCAGGUGAGGGAAGCGAAGCCUCCCGGAGUCGUGGGUUCGAGACCCCUCGUUGGGUCAGAAGUUUCCGGCAUUGCAGGGGGGCUCGGCUGGAUGACCUUCGGGGGUCCCUUCCGAGUUAAUGACUCGCCGCCCCGAGUCCCUUCCACAAAACUCGCGCGUCAUAGGCUAGAGCUUCUCUGGGCAUGUGCAGAGAGCCCUUCAUUCUCAUAUCUGAGCCCGGCCUUGGCUGGGGAGGGCGGGGUAUAAAUAAAAAUUAUUAUUAUUAUUAUUAUUAUUAUUAUAUCUGAGGAGUUUGGUUUUUGUUUUUUUUUAAUAAUUUUUAUUAAAGUUUCAAUAAAAAGUUGAACAGAAAUAACAUAAAAAAGAAAUACACAAAUACGCAAUACAAAUUCCAAAAAAAAACAAAAACAAAAACAAAAACAACAAAAAAAAGAAACAGAACAAUUAAAAACAAUAUCACCUUUUCAUUUCCCUUUUUUAAAUUUACUUGUUUUCUGGACUUCCUCAUACCUCCCUCUUUUGUAUUCCAAUCCAAAUUGUUCCUCCAGCAGUUUCUUUUCCACUUUUUUAACCCCAAUCUUUAUUCUUAGUGUAAUAUAGCAUUAAAAAUUUACCUCUUAAGUACCAAAUUUCCCUUUCCUUUAACUUAUUUACUCCUAAUCUUUAAUCUUAAUGUAAUAUAGCAUUAAAAUUUUACCUCUUAAGUACCAAAUUUCCGUUUCCUUAAACUUCUUUAAUCCUGAUCUUUAAUCUUAGUCUGUCUUAUACUUUUAUCCUGUACAGCUGGAAACCACUUAUUUUCAAUCCAACAUCACUCUAACAUUCCUUAAUUUUGCAAUAUUUCUGUAAGAAGUCUUUGAAUUUCUUCCAAUCUUCUUCCAUCGCCUCUUCUCCCUGGUCACGGAUUCUGCCAGUCAUUUGCGUUGAGGAGUUUGGUUUUUUGAGAGCAGGAAGUUUCGACUGCCACGCGCUUGCAUGGGGGGCAGAGGCUUCUCUGAGCAUGUGCAGAGUGCCUUUCUUUCUCGCUCUCACCCACAGCAUAUCCAAAAUUUGAUUUUGAGGGUGGAGUGGAAAACGUCCCUUAUAUGCAUGUUAACUCGGCUGCAUUGGCGUGUGUUUAAAAGGUUGCGCCUGGACACACGCGCAUACACACAGACUAGAGCUUCUCUGAGGAUGUGCAGAGUGCCUUUCCUUCCGUAACACAGCCGAGAUUUAAUUUUGAAGGUGGGGAAGGGUUAUCCCGUGUGCUUUUUUAUUCUGGUGUAUUUGCAUGUGAAAAGACUUGUGUAAACCAAAAUGUAUUCAAUCUGAAAAUCAUUACUGCCACCUGCUUUCCAGAGUAAAAAAUGUUAGCAGAGUACUUUGGGAGCUGCUUUGGUUUGCAGCAGAUUUUGAUAUGAAGCUUUAUGUUGUUUUAUGUAUUGCAUGGUUUUGUUUUGUUUGUAAAUGUACACUGCUUUGUUUUUAUUUGUUUUUUUAAAUGAAGUGGUUUAUACAAAUACCUAAAUAAACUUUUUCAUUCUGUCCAGCAAUUUUUUUAAUUCCACGUUGACCCUAAACAGUUGUUUUUAGCUGAAUCUCAACUUUUUAUGGAAGUUUGCUAUUCAUCCCGCCUAUCAAGGUGAUGGGUCAUCAUUGCAGACUGUGGUAUUGUUUGACCUCUUCUGAGUCAGCUGCAGUUAUGGUGAUGAGAUAAAGUCUUUAGUAAUUAUUUCCCCAUUUUUACGACAUUUUAUUUAAAUGCCUAGUCCUCCACACUCUGGGACCCUUCUGAAAUAUUCUCAAAAUCACAUCCAGUCUCCAAAGCUUUUUAAAAAAAUCUUCAUUUUCUUUCUCUGUAGGACAUUUCCCAUCUGCUGGCAAGUGUCUUUAAGCAGAUGUAUACUUCAGAGUUCAUAGCAGCAAACACAGUGGAAAAUAUGAUCAAAUCCCGUGGAGGAGACAAUUCCCACCAUGAGCAGUUUGUGAAAGAGUUGCAAAAGGUAAUCUCUCCAUUCAGUCCUGUAGACUCAGUGCUAUGAUUUGAAUCAGAAAAAUGGGUUGUUUUGUGCCUGUUCAAAAUGGAAGUACAGUGGUACCUCAGAUUAAGUACUUAAUUCGUUCCGGAGGUCCGUACUUAACCUGAAACUGUACUUAACCUGAAGCACCACUUUAGCUAAUGGGGCCUCCUGCUGCUGCCGUGCCGCCGGAGCAUGAUUUCUGUUCUCAUCCUGAAGCAAAGUUCUUAACCUGAAGCACUAUUUCUGGGUUAGCGGAGUAUGUAACCUGAAGCGUCUGUAACCCGAGGUACCACUGUAUCUCGAAGAAAUAUAUAUAUAGAGAGAGAAAGAGAGAGACCAAUAUUAUUUAUUACUUUCAUCACACCCGACCUACCUUAUCUUGUGAAGAUAAAAUGGAGAGGAAUCAUGUACUCUGACUGGAACUCCUUAGAAGAAAGGCUGGAUAUAAAAGUGAUAAACAAAAGCCUCACUCAGCCACAAAGCAAGGCUCUUUCCCAGCCCUAGCUGGAGAUGCCGGGGAUUGAACCAGUGAAUUCUGCAAGCAAAGAUGCUCUGCCACUGAGCUAUGGUGGCAAAAUGGGUCUUAAGCUGGCAGCAAAAACUCAGUAAGAGUCAGACGUACCUUGGAAGGAAACUCAUAUGCCAGGGUUGGAAACAGGACAUGUUUGAGUUUGCUCUGAGCAUGUCGUCAUCAGCAAAGGGCACUCACUGCCUCUUGAAAUGGAGCUUCAGUCUAUUCCUUUCAUUUAAUCUAUUGAAUUUCUAUGCCACAAAGAGGCUUACAAACAAUAAAGGACAACGUACUAGAAGAUCACAGCAUAAAUCAUACGGAAUAAUUAACAAAUCGCCAGUAAAACAACCACCUUCUAUAAAACACUGUUAACAAAACAACUUUAAAAAUAAGCCGAACAGUGCGGCCACGACAAAUGUCAUAUCCACAAAGUGUUACAGCACUCAUAAUCCACAAAAACAAUACAGUGGUACCUCUGUUUACGAACGCUUCUAGUUACACACGCUUCGGGUUACAAACUCCGCUAACCCAGAAGUAGCAGCUCCUGGUUGCAAACUUUGCCCCGGGAUGCAAACAGAAAUCGCACGCUGAGGCCCCAUUAGCGAAAGUGUGCCUCAGGAUAAGAAUGGUUUCAGCUUAAGAACGGACUUCUGGAAUGAAUUAAGUUUGUAACCAGAGGUACCACUGUAUUAACAUCAUUAAUAAACUAACAGCUGAAAACAAACCUAGCAACACUGUGGAACUCACACACACACACACACACACACACACACACACACAUACUCCACCCCCAUGACUUAAAUUUCCCCUCAGUUCAUCAAAAGACACACGUAAUAAUGCUUUUGGCAGCAACUCCAUUCUGAAGGCUGCUAGGGCUGGAGGGUGGGGCAAGGCAGGCGGAAAAAGCCACUGCCUAGUUGUCUGCACAAAGUCUCAUUCCCCUCACAGUCUAUACCUAUCAUGUUCUUUCAUGGACCUAUCCUCCAUUAACCCUUUUAAAAAGCUGUUGAAGCUAGUGGCUGUGAGAUCAUCUUGUGGCAAUAAGUCCCACAGGUUAAAUGUUUGGUGCAUAGCACUUAUUUCUGUUUGCUCUCAGUCUGUUUCCUGGUUAGCGUGAUUGAAAAGGGCCUGAAUGCUAGUAAUGUCUAGUAAUGAAAGAGUAAUGUCUUGCGAUUCCCUCUUUCCACUUUGAUCAUAAUUUAACAAGCCUCAUUUAAAAAAGAAGAAGAAAUAACUUAACAAGCCUCUACACAUGCACACACUCAGUAAUUUUUAAUUCUUCAGAUUGGCUGUUGGUACAGACUUACAUGAACAUUGCAAAGCUCUUCCCACCCACCCACUGCUGCCAAUUUUGUAAAACAGGUGUUUGUAUCUAUUGCCUCCAUCAAGGCAAAUUACGAUUGAGCGCUGUUAAAAAAAUGCUUUGAUUGCUUUACAGAUUCCUCUGGGAACCUUUUGAAGGUUUAUGCCCACCUUCUGCAGUUCUCCAAACAUUUUGGACUACAUUUCCCAUCAGGCUGUGCUGGCUGAGGUUGAUGGGAGCUGUAGCCCAGUACAUCUGUAGUGCCACUGGGCAGAGGAAGGCUGCUUUACAUUAGUAAAUCAGCAAUUAUCUGGUUGCCGCUUCAGGUCCACAAGGAAUAUGAUGGCCGGCUGACGGAAGCAGACAUGCUAGAAAGGCACAUCAUCCAGGCAAGGGCCCGAGCCGCAGCGGAAGAGGAAAGGAUCGUGAACUUAUGUCAAAUGGAGGUUCCAGAGAACUACUCUCAUAUUAAAAUGCCACCAGGUGAGGGAAGUGAAAGUUUGAGAUCUUCUGGGGAGGCUUUUCCCUUGGUCCUGCCAUGUUCACAGGCAUCUUUGGUGAGAGUACAAGAGAAAGCCUUCUUGCUGACUGUUUCCGGUUAUAGAAAUCCCUUGCCUGGGAGGCUAGACUGGACCCUUCUUGGCUUUACAUUCUCCAGAAAGCAAAGGCAUUUUUUGUCUCUGGCAGGCCUGUGGCCACUAAAUGGCUGUUGUGGCAGGGACUUCUAAGGGUCAGGGGUUGUGUGCUUUUAGAAUCAUAGAAUUGUAGAGUUGGAAGGGACACCGGGGUCAUCCAGUCCAACCCCCUGAAAUGCAGGAAUCUCAACUAGAGCAUCCGUGACAGAUGGCCAUCCAACCUCUGCUUAAAAACCUCCAGUGGUUUUAAGUAUUUUUGGUGCUAUUUUUAAUAGGAUUGCUUGUUUGUUUUUUUAAUAUUUGUAUUUAUUGCGUUUUUCGUUGUGUCUGUUUUAGUUUGUGCUGAGAGCCACUUUGUGUCCUGCACUGCAUAAAGAGAUAGGAAUAUGAAAUCAAGCAUUAUGCAGCCUCCUAUUUUAUGUCAACAGGCAAAGGGAAAAUCUUCCUUCUGGUUCACAGGGAAAGGGUUAAUUUGAUUCAGCAAAGUUACGGAUUUGAGACAAAUUUAAAUUGCAGCAUUACAAACUACUUAUUUGACCCAAAAUAGCACUAAGGGGAUUUUCAAGAUAAUGAUUUUAAUUUUCAAGUUAAUGAUUUUAACGUUUAACCAUUUUAAGUGUUGAACAAUCUGCAUUUCUGAAUAUUUAUGUAUUAAUGUCUUCCUGGAUUGAUAGUCCUUUUUUGUAUGUGUUUGUGUGAGUUAUAUUGAAAUGGUCACUAUAAACAAUAAAUAACUGUCUGAUGGACUGCUGUCUUUCUCUAACAUUAACCUCUCUUUAAAUGUGCAUGCCAUAGUGAGAUCUACCUUCAGAUGGUGUGUGGAUAGCAAGCUUCUUAAAGACCAUAAUUUAAUCUGCCCUGAAGAUUAUAUCACGGACCCAGAAAUAAUUUCCCGAGCACCUAAAGGUAAGCUUUCCAAGCGAGGCUAAUACAGCUUGCAAAGAAUAUGAUUUAGGAAUCACAUGAAAUAACUACAUUGUUUGAGAUUUCUGUUUGUACUCCCUGUUCCCUCCAAGCAUCACAGAGUGACUUCUUUGAAGUUACCCCUCUCAAGUUAUAUUAUAUUAGCCUACAUCCAUUUUAUAGCUGUUUGGCUGUUGCCCAAAGAAUCCUGGGAAUUGUAGUUUGCUGAGGGUGUUGAUAAUUCUUAGGAAUCUCAACCUCCGCUCAUUGAGUUUUCAGACUUCCCUGAGGAGGGAGGCUGUUCUAUGCCUGUGACAGAGAGCAAGCUAGAUAGGUAGAUCCUAGAUAAUAGAAUUGUAGAGUUGGAAGAGAACACAAGGGUCAUGUAGUCUAACCCCCAGCAAUGCAGGAAUCUUCUGUCCAUUCAUGAUCCUGAGAUUCUUUUGCCCAAUGUGAGACUUGAACCCACAACCCUGAGUGGUGCCGCCAUGCUGCAAAGCUUUAGCUGUAACCUAUCUAUAUCUAUCUGAACGUAUCUAUAUAUUUAUCUACACUCAGGGUAAAUAUUGGGCCAGAGAGGAGAGAAAUGGCCAGGUUCAAAACUCUUUUUUCCCCUUAAGAAGAAUGUGCUCAAUUUUUUAUUUGCAUUUUUUAACCUUCUAGGUGCUUGAUGGGGCAUGCUGACAAAGGUAGGGGGAAAUGCAUGCUCUGUGUCUUUAUUUAUUAAUUAAAGUAUUCCCUGCCUUUUUAUCCAAAAAUUAGACCCUCAAGGCAAGUAAUAACCAUUCUAAAACAACAGUGAGUGGGCUAAGAUGAAAAGCCCAAGAAUGAACAGCUGCAGUAAUAAUAAACAGGCUGAACACCAUGCUGACAAGCACAUCUAGAUAUAAUGGUUUUCAGCUGCCGCCUAGAGACACAAAGACACAUCAGGUUUGCAACAGAUAGUUCUGAGGCUUAGAUGCCACCAGCAAGAAGGCCCCAUCUGACACAUUAAGACUCUCUCUAAAUAUUGUAGGCAGGUACACAUGACUGGAGAUGGCCUUUUAGGUAUCUAAGCUCCAAAUGUAGUGUUGGCUGCUUUUAAAACCUUUGGGUUUUUUAAGGGAGCACUCAGCUCCCCGCCCAAAGAAGCAAAAAUUAAAAAAUAAAAAGGGUCACAAAAUAGUACAUGGGUACUAGUCUAGUAUUUCCUAUGCAAUAUUCCUUGGCUGCCCUGCAGAAAGCCAGAGCUGGCCAUUUGGAGGGCAAUCACAUUUUACAAGUCUGAGCUAGCCCUCUUUGUGGUGAAGAGGCAUCACCUGGAAAGGUCUUCCAAAUCACAGUGGAAUUUGCAAGAAAAAGGUUGACCAGACCACUGCCUCUUUUCAGUGCUUUCAGACUUUCCCUUUUAAUUGCAGAAUCAUCCGAGCCUGGCUACUUGCAAGAGAUACUUAGCUUCAAGCAGCAUAUUUCUAACAAACCAAAUUCUCCUGGAGUUGGGGAAAGCCAGCGUGUUAACAAGAUUCUGGAAAAUCUACCAGAAGUAUCAUUAUCCAGCAUUACGUUUGAGUCUUCACCUUCUGCUGUUCCGGAUAAAUUGAAGAAAACACUUUCUAAGGUAUCUGUAUGUAUUUCAUUGCCCUAUUGCACAUGUAGACAAGCUGAAAACCUCACCCUCAUUUUUGUAUCUCUCCCCCUCCCACCGCUAAAGGCUCCUUAAACAGCCCCAUUCUUCCAUCCUAUCAGAGUGCCUUCUGUCCUGUUUGUUUCUUCCUUAUUUGCCUUGACUUUUAAAAGUGUUUCCACCUGCCGUUUUCUAUCUAGUUGCAGAACAACAGGAAAGAGCAGUGUUUUAUUUGAAUUUUGGGUAUACAUCAGUUUAUUUGUAUGCUGCCUUUUCAUAGUUGAAACUGUGCUCAUGGCGGCUUACAACAUGAAAAAAUUACAUAAUUACAAACAUAACAAAAGUAGUCAUGAACAAUAAAUUAAACAUCAAAAAGCACACAACCAAACUGAAACAAUUUCCACACAAAUCACAAUAAGGUCUGAAAUAAAGAUUUUAAUAAAAUCUCAAUAACUGCAACAACCCCCCUGCAACAAACCCCCCUAAAACAGUACCCCAGCCUAAGUGUCUGUUCAGCAGCUUCAGCUUCUGCAGCUGGAGUCAGUCCUGGCCUCGCCCUCCCAGGCCAGGUGGGAAAAAGCCUGUAAGGCAAGUAGCAGGUCUUCCAGGACCCACAGCCAAGAUUUUCUCUGGCCUCAGCUUUUGGAGCUGGAGUAAAGGUAUGUAGCCAGUGGGACAAGGGUCUCUUUCUUUUAAUAUUGCAACUAUAACAGAUAUUUGUAGCAGGAAAAGCAAAUUCUGUAACCAUAAGGGGCAUAGUUCUGCUAAUUAGAUAAAUAUGUGUAUAAGUUAUGUAAUCUAAACAGUUGUGUACUUUAAAAAAAACCAACUCCAACCAUUUUGAUUUGGGAUGUUAAGUGGUUGUGAACUGUCCUAAGAUCUAUAUGGCUGCACUGCGGUAUACAAAUUUUUAUAAUAAUAAUGGUCACUGAAUCAAUGGAUAGUAGAACUGAUGCAUAUAAUAGAAUAUACAUAGAAUCUUUAGAAGCGAUAGGUUUGUAAGAUUUAUAAGAACCGGAGUGAUCAGUCGGGGAGAGAAGGUUCUGGGAUUCAAAGAUCCAACCGGCUGAACUCGAGCCCUACCCAACCCCAACUAUGAACUGUGGAACUUGAUCCUAUGCAUGUCUUCACAAUAUGUCCCGUUCAGUUCUAUGGAUUGAAGAGUACUCGUAGGAUUACAGCCUUUACCAGAAAUUUCCUGUCCGUUCCAUUUCCAUGUCUUUCUUGGCAUUCAUGAGCACCAGAGACUUGUUCUGUUGGGUGUAAACGUCUAAAGCAAAAGUAGUGAUCUUCCUCUUUCCGACAGAGAACGCUGUGCUUCCCUCUGCAAAAUGAGGUCAGCAUAUAUGUUGUGAUUUGGGGUGUUUAUGCUCAGUCUUAAUGAGUAUAAUGUGAGCGAAUCCAUUGUAAAUCUAUACAGUGGUACCUUGGGUUACAUACGCUUCAGGUUACAUACGCUUCAGGUUACAGACUCCGCUAACCCAGAAAUAGUACCUCGGGUUAAGAACUUUGCUUCAGGAUAGAACAGAAAUUGUGCUCCGGCAGCGUGGCAGCAGCUGGAGGUCCCAUUAGCUAAAGUGGUGCUUCAGAUUAAGAACAGUUUCAGGUUAAGUACGGACCUCUGGAACGAAUUAAGUACUUAACCCGAGGUACCACUGUAUCUGAAAGCGGGAUUUUUUCUUUUCCAUCACGCCUGCUGCCAGAAGAAGGAUCGUCCCUUGCAAAAAUCAGCUUGGAAGAAUGACAUGUCCCGACCCCAAAGACAAAAAGACCGCGCUUACCUCCAGAGGCUGGAGGACCGCCACAACUUCCUGAAGAACCCCCGCUUUUUCCCGCCUAACUCUCUUUGUGGCGGCAAGUCCUUGAUCUUGCCUCAGAAGAAGGUGCAGCGAAUGAUCGCAGGAAAGAAAAGGACCAUGGUGGAAAGGUAACUGUGCUUUUCUUUUCAGAACAGAUGAAAACAAAUCAAAGCAUUCCCAACAGCGAUAAUUAUACUGAGCAUUUACAUCACCCUUUCAAGCAUUCAAAGCCAUCGUCUUCAUUCCCCCUACAGCUCUUAAACAAUUCGGGUAAUGUCAGGUAAUGUUGUCGUCAUUGUGUUGCAGGUGGAGGCUUGGGGGAUAAAUCAUUUGCUCUGAGGGCUGAGUUUGCAGUUGAGGGCCAAACUGAAUGUGACGCACAACACAGGCCUACCUGUGUGCCUGCCUCACUUUUACUUUGCCUUCCAUUAUAUACAGUAGAAUUUUAUCUGUGCCCAUGUGUCAAGGGCCUUAGCCAGUGCUUCUUGCCAGCUGGCGUGUGCCAGAGCACAGUUCCGACACCUCUCAGGUGGGUGCCAUUGUGGGCUGGAGCUUCUUGCUUUUACAUACUUCUGAGAAGCCCAAAACAAACAUUUCAGGACAAAACUGAAACUGGCCAGUGUGUGCAAGUCUCCACUUUUUUUUUUAAAGUUCUAUGACUCCAACUAGUUCCUAGCUGCAAUGGGUCAAGCUACAGGGUGGAGUCAAUUCGUAUUUUCUUUUCUUUAAUCCGUCUCCAUGUAGUGGCAGCGGGCUUUAAGCUUUUCAGCCAGGCUUCUACAGUUGCAUGUGUCUGCAUUUAUUUCACCUGCACCAGAACCAGGGGUGACCCCCCCCAAACCAACUAAGGAGAUAGUUUGCUGUAGUUUUUAACACCUUCGUGGACAGUGAAUACAGCUGUUGUCGAACCAGCAUCUGUUCUGGGUGUGAUGGGAAGGACAUGGCAGCUCCAUGCCUCUCAAAGAAAAGGAAUUGGCGCUGCCACUGUUCUUACCUGCUAUGUGCAGGCUGUAAUCACUCCCUGGUUUUUCUUAUUGUCUCACUUCAUUUCAGCGACUCCCAGUCUGUGCCCGUCUUUCUAGCAAACCCACCGGCUGUUGUGUUUUCUUAUUAUGAAGUUGGGCAGGUUUAUGAGGUAAGAGCUUCUUGCUGUUCAGGACGUGAGUUUUGCUCUGCAAAAGUGUUAAUUCUCUCUCUCUCUCUUAUCUCCCACCCCGCCCAACCCCAGUCUCUGUUAUUUCCUUUGCCUCUUAAGGCUCUGCAUUUAUCUCUUCCAACUCUUGUAUGUUGGAGCCUCAAUAAUAAGCUUCCAUUUUCUAUGAAACAUUUCAUAAAAUGUGGAACCUGCAACAAAAUGUUGCAGUGUGGAGUUUGGGAUUCCAGCCACUCUGUUCUGUUCACCCGUUCCUCCAGGUAUCCCCCCCCCCCCCACCUCCCAGAAACCGUUAGUCAACAUUGAGUGGAAACUGAGCACACUUAGUAGUCAUGGCGUUGUUGUUUGGUCCUUCCUCCCUUAAUCUUUUUCUUUCUAAAGCGUCUAUGUACUUCUGCAACCUUUGCGUUACCCCACACCUGCUGAUACUUUGCAUCUUGUGCGGGGGAUGAUGCCGUUUUUACCAUCUCAGGAACAUCACUUACAGCCCAAACUCUGGAAAUAGUGGGAACGAUUCUUUGUUGAUUGAAUAAUGCCCAGUUCCACCGUGUUUAGGAAAACCUUCAGGGGCAGGUUGUUACAAUUACUAUUAUUUAUUCAUUUUAUUGCCUGGAAUAAUAAUAACAUCAUUUCCAAAGGCUGGAAAUGCCUCACAGGAUGUAUAUAUGCUGCCAUAUUUUUUGACCUUUCUCUCUUUGCAGAUGACUGUAGAGUUACAGAACAUGACUUCAACGUCUCAGUGUCUUAGAAUAAUUCCUCCAGCUACCGAUGCCUUUUCCAUUGGGCUGGGUGAGGUUCAGGGAUGCAAGUUUACUUGUUGGUUGCUUUUCUGCAGAAAUUGGCACUUUUAAAAUGCCUCCUGAUGGCUAGAAAUUUGCUUCUUUUCCUGAAAGAACAGGAAAACACUUGUCCUGAGAACUGCAAAUGUUGAGUGAGCCAUGCUGCUGAUCCCCAUAUUUUAAAUUAUUCACAGACAUAAUUUGGCUGUCAUUUGGACAAGCUCAGGGCACCCAGGUCCCACUUUGAGAGGCUCAUUAUCAGAAAUAUCAGUUAUCAAAGUGCAAAGAAUUAUACCCAAACUUCGCUACAGGAAUGGCUAAUUCAGAUAUCCAAACAGCCAGAGUUUGCCCAAUACUUCCUUACUUGGUUGUGUUUUGCUGGUCAGUUGCAGCCAUUUCUGGCAAAAAUCAUGGAGGAAAGUCAGAUAAAUCACUUGUUAGUGGGACAUGUGUGGCACUGUGAUUUAAACCACUGAGCCUCUUGGGCUUGCCAAUCAGAAGGUCAGCGGUCCGAAUCCCUUCAGCAGGGUGAGCUCCUGUUGCUCUGUCCCAGCUCCUGCCAACCUAGCAGUUCGAAAGCAUGCCAGUGUGAGUAGAUAAAUAGGUACUGCUCCAGCGGGAAGGUAAACGGCGUUUCUGUGCACUCUGGCACUUGUCAUGGUCCUCCAUGUGCCAGUAGCUAUUUAGUCAUGCUGGCCACAUGACCCAGAAAACUGUCUGUGGACAAACGCCAGCUCCCUCGGCCUGAAAGCAAGAGGAACGUCACAACCCCAUAGUCUCCUUUGACUGGACUUAACCGUCCAGGGGUCCUUUACCUUUGCCUUUUUAAAUCACUUGUUCCUUUGUUUGGUUUUUGCUGAGUGGCUGCAGCAGUUGCAAGCAGAAAGCAGGGAGGGAGGGAGAACAGGCAAUUAUUAAUGAGAAAUGAUCCCAUCAGAAAUAAUGGAAACCACCAGCUCAUUAUGCAAAUGUUUGCCUAAUAAACAAUUUCCUGGGAGCGUUCAGAAAGCAGGACCUGCAUGUAGGUGCCAAGGCAGCGCUGGUUGCCAAAUUCCUAUGAAAAUCUUACGAUGGAAGUGUAAUCCUAAAGUUGCAAACCUAGGAGAAAACCUAUUGAAAUCAGUGGAGCUUUAUUUCCAAUAAACGUGUAUAAAAAGGCAGUUCAGGAGCUGAGGAGGACCUGGAUUGGAAUGCUCCAGGGGUGAGGAUGAUAGAAUUAAUGACAAUUUAAAUGGAGAGGCAUAGAAAUAGGCAUUGUGAGUGCAGGAGCACAAGAUAGCAAUUCAGAGAGGCCAAAGCACUGUGGGUCAAAAUGCAAUUUGUUCUGGUUUUUUGUUUUAACCUCUGGGUGCAUAUCGCUCCUCUCCUGGUUUCUCAUUUGUGGUGAAUUUAGACUGGUUGCUCAGUGGGGCAGCAACCUGUCAUCUAGUACUCUCAAAAGUGCCUUUGCACAUUGCUGGCACUAUCUUAUUAUCAACAACAACAUGCUCAGGGCAGAAUUCUCUUGCGGCACCAGAUGCAUCUGUGAUAACGAAUUUUUCAAAGGACGCCUGUGCUCCUUCUCUAGGACACUUUCCAGGCCAAGGAGGACUUGUCGCCCCCGGAAUGAGUUGCUACUACGUGGUCCAGUUUAUUCCAGAAUACCUGUCAGAUUACAAGGAUUACAUACUAGUAGAGUCGCAAACAACCUACCCGCUGCUGGUCCCUUUGGAAGGCCGAAGGCCACCUCCCAUCCUAACGUGUGAGUUUUCUUUUUUUAAAAAAGCACUGACUAUUUGUGGGGCAAGUAUGUGAGCUUCUGGGACGUUCUUAGGAUGUCAUAGGUCCAUCCCGUUCAGCCUCGCAUUUCUCAGCAGCUGAUGCUGUGGAGUGGAAGCUGGAAAACAAUGGAAUUGGGAGCAUAGAAAGGUGUCUUGUGGUGUAUCAGACCAUUGGUCCUUCUAGCUCCAUUCUCGGAUGAAGGGUGGUAUAUAGAUUUAAUGGAGAAGGAGAAGGAGGAGAAGAAGAAUUUCACACCAUGCCAACUGCAGAACACAGUGAACCACCAUCCCUGACUACUACCUCUAGACAUAAUAGAAUGUAUUGUCCUGGAUUGAGAGUGCUUUUUUUUUAAAGCCCCUUUCCUGCUCUUGCUCCCCCCGCUCCCUUUUCUUCUUUUAUUAUAGUGCCUCAUAUUUUGGACUGCGGACCUUGCCUUGUGGGCGGAGUGAAAUUUACAGAAUUCCUGUGCAAAAAUGAAGGGUCCAGCAUUGGGAAGUUCUGCAUAAUGCCAAAGCAAAUCUGGCCACCUCCUCACUUCCGGGUAAGUAAGAAGAGGAAGUCCCGCCCCCACUGCCAUGCCCUCAAUCCCAUCUGGAACGUUCGGUUGCGGCACAGAUUGCAUACAGCCAUGCAGUGACCAUUCUCCUUUCUUAUACGAAGGCCGUUGCCACUUUAGGUUACGUGGAGCAAGAGCCGUUCGGGAUCAGACCUGCCGUUUUUGAGCUAGCUCCAGGCCAGUCUACUCUAAUUGAGGUCAGUUGUUGCCGCUCUAGCUCACAUUUCAAGCAUACACUCAAAAUAGAUGCACAAUUAUUAGGAAAUCUGAAGCAGGAUUCAGUGGGUGGUUCAUUCAUUUGAGAAAAAAAUGAAAGCAGGGGUAGCAACGUAAUGCCCUAAGAACUCUAGCUCCUGUUGUUUUCUUCCGUUUCUGUGGUGGCCCCCAAAUGUUGGCAUUCGCUUCUCUGCAACGGAUUCCCAGCCCCAGCAUUGGGGAUGAUCAGAAAACACACAAAGGCAGACUUCAGACUUGGAAUUCUGCAAUUAUUCCUUGCUUUCUGCAUGUGAUUUUAUCAGUGAUUGCUGUUUUAAUUGUUUAUGAUCUGUGUUUUAUAGUUUUUACUGUGCCGUAACCUGCCCUGGGAUCUUUAGCGAUGGGCUGGUAACAAAUAUGCCAACUAAAUAAAUCAUCCUUUCCCAAGGGCCUUGCUUGCUGGGCCUAAUAACUGCAUCCCUCUCCUGAACAGCCCCACAUGGACUACUACUGAUACAUAAGACUGGGUUGUUGUGACACUGAGGACAGAUUUAGAAUGAUAUGGCGAUCAGAGUCAGUGUUUUGCUUGUGAUGCGAAUCUGUCUUCUCCACUGAUCUUGAAGACAGAUGUAACAUUAAAAGGAGGUGUUUGUUGCCACUUGUUGUUUUAUACAGUGGUACCUUGGUUCUUGAACUUAAUCCGUUUUGGGAGUCCGUUCGACUCCCGAAACAGUUUGAAAACCAAGGCGCGGCUUCCAAUUGGCUGCAGGAGCUUCCUGCACUCAAUCGGUAGCCGUAGAAGCCGCGUCGGACAUUCGGCUUCUCAAAAACGUUCGCAAACUGGAACACUCAAUUCCGGGUUUGCAGCAUUCAGGAGUCAAUUUGUUCAGGAGCCAAGCCAUUCGAGUACCAAGGUACCAUUGUAUUUUGUUCUCUGUGGAUUGCUGGUCUGUGUUUGAACUGUUUUAGGUUUUAGACAUCAUUAAGACCUUUUGGAGAAUUAUCAGCAGUCCCCUCAUUGUGCAAAACUUCCCAAGAUUCUUUUGGAAGGCAAUGAUGAAGCUGUAACUUAGCACAACACUCAUGCCCAUUUGUAGUGUAGCCUGCGAAACAUUGUUCUUUUCAUGAUGCAGAAACUUCUCUUACAGGUUGUGUUCAUGCCCACUGUGCCCGAAGUGGUGUCAGUGAAGUAUAUCCUCAUUUGCGACAAUUGCCAAAUCAACGACCUUACAGUGACAGGUUUGCCACGUUCGCAUCUUUAGCAUUCAAAUGCAAACGAGUUUAGCGCCAGGAUUUGGGGACCGUGCAGGCAAGCUCUCAUAAGCAGGACCUCUUAACUAGGGAUGGGGGUCAAAUUCAAUCCAGUGUUCAGCAACACCUGGAUCUACCUAAUUCACGCUGCCUGAAAUUGUGCCCCAACUGAAACGAAACCAUCCUUUUCAAAACCACACUUUUCUCUGUAUUUUGCAGUGUGGUUCUCCAACCAAGCUGUGCGUGCAAAAAAACAACAACAUAUACUGAGGUUAAGUGUGUGUGGAAAUACAUAUAAUCAGUGAAAGCAAUGCAUUAUAUUGGGUGAAAUUGCAUAGAAAAAUGUGUGUUGGGAGACAGUCAAACUAAAGCACUGGUGAUUUUUCACUAGGGCUUUAAAUAUAUAUAUAUAUAUCACGAACUGAAGUGGAAAAGUGAAGAACUGAGCAAGAGAAAUGAAAAUUGACAGAUUUGCCCAUCCCUAAUGGUCCUCUUGGAAGGUCCUCUUAAUUCACAGUGAUUGGAGGGCAGUUGUGCAGUCUGUUGUCAGCUUAGAUGACACCUGAAUGCAAAUCAAGCCUUCUGGAAAAUCCAGUAUCUCCAUGGCAUAGCACGUGCUACGAAUGCAGUUUAGCAUUUGCUGUUGCCAGCAAGAUUCUCAGGUGGUAGCUCUGGCAAAAGACCUUGAUCAUGACUCUGGAGACAGGCACCACUUAUUCAGAGAUGAGGUUGGGGUUUCGAGGUAGGGCAGGAAAUGGCCCUCCUAGCCAACCCCAGAUGUGCAUACAGACCCUAAGCUAUUGGUGGACGGGUAGCCUGUUGCACAGCGCCUCUCGGGCCCAAGGAAGUUGUGUUGCUGUCCUCUGAGGGUCCUAGCUUUGAUGCCCUGUUGGAAUCAUAACCUUCUCUGUUCCAUCGGAACCAACAGCUGCCAAAGCAGGCUGGGUCCCUGUUAAAUCAGGAGAUUAGCGAGCUAACAGCUGAGAUACGUAUGGCCCAAUCUGAGGAUUCCUGCUCCUGAAACGGCUUUGAACUCUGCUGUUGGCGUCCAUUGAAAUCUUGCCUCACCUCCGUAUGGCGAGCCUGUUCAUUUAUUUCUUAUAGAGUUGGAAGGGGCCCCGAGGAUCCUCUAGUCCAGUGGUUCUCAACCUGUGGGUCCCCAGAUGAAUGUUGGACUACAACUCCCAUCAUCCCUGACCACUGGUCAUGCUGGCUAGGAAUGAUGGGAGUUGUAGUCCAACAACAUCUGGGGACCCACAGGUUGAGAACCACUGCUCUAGUCCAACCCCCUGCAAUGCAGGAAUAUGCAGCUUCCCCAUGUGGGGAUCAAACCUGCAGCCUUGGUGUUGUCAGCACCACGCUCUAACCGACAGAGCUUUCUGCCCAAGGUGGCAUGCAUAGUUCUCCUCCUCCCCAUUUCAUCCUCACAACAACCCUGUGAGGUAGAUGAGGCUAAGAGACAGUGACUGGCCCGGGUUGCCCAGUGAGCUUCAUGGCCAAGUAGGCAUUCGAACCCUGGUCUCCUAGGUCCCUGGUGUGAUGCUCUAGCUGCUACCCCACAGUAGCUUUCAAAACAGAUCACGUUCUGAGACUUUGGAGAGCUGCCGCCAACUAGGGUGGGAUGGGGGAAAUCUAUGACUUUGCAGACGUAGCUGGACUACAGCUCCCAUCAACCCUGAUUAUUGGUCAUUUGGCUUGGGCUGGAGUCCAACCACAUCUGGAGAGCCACAGGCUCCUUCUCUCUGGGAGAGACACUACUGCAGUUUCCUAUGGUCUGAUGGGGGUCAUGUGUUAUACCCAUAAUGCAACUGGGUAGUCGCAUUGGAAGGGCAUAACUCAGUCAUGUGCAUUUGCCGCAGGAUGUUUGCAUUCACUUUUGUUUCCAGGACUUGGGCAGCUGAUAGCUCUGAAGCUUUUGUCUGUUACUGGAGGAGAAAGCAGCCCUAUGCCCGGCGAGCUUGUCGAUGUGACAGCUCAACACCUUGUGCGCUUUGGUUCUUUGAAUCCCAAAUCUAAGGCAGAGAAAACUCUGGUUCUAAGAAAUCUGACGUAUGUAUGAUGCUAAAACUGUAUGGGGGGCAUUUUUCUGGGCAGAAGCCAGUUGUCUUUGCACUGAACAAUAUUUAUUUUAGGAUAAUACAUUACAAUUAUUGCGUACACAGCGCUUUAACGACAAGUUUCUUAGAGGUUUAGUUCACCUCCCAUAGGGCUAGCUGCUGAGGGACGACACAUUGCGCUCAUAUGUUCCAUCUUGUCCCCCACCCCUUGUGCUCCAACUGUGUCCCUGACUUCCUGGUUUGAACAAGCAACGGUUUGUUGUGACCUCUGAAUUGGGUAAACUGUGGUUUUGAAAAAUUUACCUCCAAACACACACUGAGGGAGAAAAUCACAUGAUUCGGAAUUCUCAUUCUGGUUUGAAGGUAAAUUAUGGUUUGUGAAAACUAGAAAAUUAGGAUGGGGAGGGGGGGCAUGGAAUGACGGAGGUACAAUUUCUGAUGCCAAACUUCUAUUAAAAUAGACAAUACAUGGGAGUUGAGCCAUUUCUCUUGGACCAGAUGCUCUGGUUCUAUAUCCUUGAGGUGGGGAUGGGGACUAACAAAGGCAAAUACUUAAGUCCCUUAUUUUGGUGGUGGGGGGGGGCUAAUUAAAAGGUUCCCUAAAAAUGUAAUUUUCCCAAAACUGCAGAAUUGAAUGCCUUCUUUUUCCCUUCUCUUUGCUCAGCCACGUGGAUUUCCCUUUUUUCUGGCAGAUAAUGAAGCCUAAUCUGCAGGCAUCAAUGUUGGAAGGAAAAGCGGACCUGACAAAGAUAAAGUACAACUUGGAGACGGAGUCCGCUUUCUCUGUGACUCCUGCCUUGGGGGUUCUGCGCCCCCAUAGCAAUCACUCGUUUACUCUCUCUUACCAUCCAAAGGAGGUACAGUCUUGCUUGUGCUUGGUUGAUUCAAUAUUUGCCAUCUAUACUGUGCAAUUUGUUGGACAAAAGUUUAACCAGCAGCUACUAAAGGGUCUGAAUGAAACUCAAAAGCAAAUGAGUUUAUUGCUUUCCACGCUAAAAGUCAUUCUUAGAUUACAUUAUGUAUGUGCUCAGUAAAGGUAAAGAUACCCCUGACCAUUAGGCAGUGGCGUAGCGUGGGUUGUCAGCACCCGGGGCAAGGCAAGUAAUUUGCGCCCCCUAACCCGUGGAUUUGCGCCCCCUAACCCUAACCCCCAGAUGUUGCGCCCGUUGCGGUCGGCCCCCCCUGCACCCCCCACGCUACGCCACUGCCAUUAGGUCCAGUCGCGGACGACUCUGGGGUUGCGCGCUCAUCUCGCUCUAUAGGCUGAGGGAGCCAGUGUUUGUCCGCAACAUGACUAAGCCGCUUCUGGCGAACCAGAGCAGCGCAUGGAAACGCCGUUUGCUUUCCCGCCGGAGCCGUACCUAUUUAUCUACUUGCAGUUUGACAAGCUUUCGAACUGCUAGGUGGGCAAGAGCUGGGACCGAGCAAUGGGAGCUCACCCCGUCGCAGGGAUUUGAACCACCGACCUUCUGGUCAUCAAGCCCUAGGCUCUGUGGUUUAGACCACAGUGCUACCCGCGUCCCAUAUGUGCUCUGUAGGCUGGUAUGAAUCAGGCCUGGCUAACUACUACUUCUUCUUCCAAACUUCAUUGAAAAUUUGCCUUCCAAACUUGUUACCUGCCAAGCCAAGCUCUCUCUCCCCAUUUGCUGUGGCCAGACACAUUCUUGGCACCGAUUUUGGUGUGAGACAGUCAGCAAAACCAAGAAAUCCCUUGCGUUCCUGGUGGGCUUCCACACCUGGCUACUAAGCUGAGAUUGUGUGGGUCUGGGGUGGCUGUUUAGGGCCCAAUCCCACCUUCAGCCUUGACUUGGGGCACAUGCCAGGGUGGGUGUGGCUGCUUCCAGCUCCAUGGCGAGAGAACACUUGGUGCAAAAUGGCUCUCAGUCUUACCUGAAGCCUCAGCUGUUUAAACUACAAGAGGCUUUGAUCUCUUGCAGCCCAGAGUCAAAUGCAGUUAAUGUAAGCCAUAGAUUAUUUUGGGAGUUAUUUUGAUGUACAUUAGUUGAUUGCCGUUCUGGGUUUUCGUUCUCCUUGCAGCCAAAGUCGUAUCACAGCGUGCUUCAGAUUGUGCUGGAAGAUAUCCCAGAGCUACCGGAGUAAGUGAUGCGUCAGGGGCACGUGAAAAUGUUCUUAAAUUGUGCCGGAGAUGGUUGGCAUUCUUGUUACUGUGUCAGUCCGAGAGACAAAUUUAUUGUCUUAAUGGCAUCUUCCUCCUUUGCCUGAUUUAGCACCUUAUUGCUGAACUGUGUGCGCGCUGCCACACAAACACAAGCAUGGAUACACACAUGUUGCAUUUGUUUCCCACUCAACCCUGGUCCCACUCCACCCCCACCUAAUAGCAGAUUUGGGGGCUUCCCUGGUCUCAUGACGACUUUAGCCCUUUAGCUGUGCUUAAUUUCGGUGGAUUGUGCUGGGAGUGCCAGGCACCUCACAGGUCCUUUGCAUUCAUGGCAAAAGGUGUGAGGCAGGUUUACUUCCGUACAGCGUGGAUUUUAUUUAAAUGAAAUUGAUUUAAAUCACGAUUUAAAUCAGUAGUCAGUAAGACUUGAUUUAAAUCGGUUUUUUUACAGAAAGACUCAUUCUUGCUUGUAUAAUCUUAAUAUUUACAACCAGAUGAAGGUUUCAUUUUUGGAAUAAUAAAUAUUUUCAGAGUAAUUUUUUACAGUUAUAUCAAAAAUUGCUGAUUUGGUUAUACUAUUAGAAAUACAUAGAUAAUUAUGAAAUUAUUGUGAGGUUUAAUUUAUUUGGACAACUUUCUUCUCUACUUUAUUGGAAGGUAAAAAAUAAUCAUUUCCUUAAUAACAACUUAAACAAUUUAUUUAACUAAAACAAUAACAUUUUAGCAUAUGUAUCCAUGUUUGUUAACUGAUGUUGUUAAACAACUAAAAAAAAAACUUUGACUGAGUUUUAGCACGCAUGAAAAACCUAAAACAAAUCCUUAUUUGCAGAUGAAUAGCCUUUGAACUAUAAUGUUAACUUAUAAGAGAAACUAUCUUUAGAAAGAUUUUUCCUCCAAAAGCAUUUUAUUUUAAAAAUCCAAUUUAAAUUUUAAAAAAUCUAAUUAAAUAAAAAAAUCUGAUUUAAAUUUUAAAAAUCUGGGUUUUUUUAAUUAAAAAAAAUACUGGUUUUUAUCCACCCUGCUUCCUGAAUCCCGUUCCUCUGCAUGUUUAGUCAGUCUCUAUCCCAUCACAUUCAGAGGGGUUUUCUCCCAAGCGAGGGGGCAAAGCAUAAGAAACAGAGAGGCGUAGACCUGAAUGUGCCAAGAGAAGGAAGAGCAGUCCUUUUUCCCCCUCCUGGGAUGGGAAUCACAUCCUUUAUGCCAUUCUAAAUAUCCACAACAGCAGCAAUUCUAACGCCGUCCCUCACGCAGCCCUCAAAAACGGGAGCAGUACGAAAGUGGAGAAAGGCGGCAAGAAGACGUGAUUGCUUUGGAAAUAGACGUCAAAGGCGAUACGGAACCCUUCCAGAUCCUUUUGGAGCCGUAUGCAAUGAUCAUCCCAGGAGAAAACUACAUUGGUGUAAAUGUUAGGAGAACAUUUAGCGUAAGUCUACUUUUACUUCAGCCAGUAUAUGUAUGCGUUGCUCGACUGCCGAAAAGUAUUUCUGUAUCGCUGUAUCAAUAGUGUGGUGUACAACGUAAGAACAUAAAACACCACUCAGGAUUAAAAAUGCAUUUAAACCUUAAAAUGACAGGCUAAUGAAAAAUAACUGGCUGCAAAGUCCUGUUGGCAUAGAUAAGGUCUUCAAAAGACACCUGCCAAAUCUCUGCUACAAGUGUGUCCUGUCAGGUGGGGGACCAGUGACACUAAAUCCCCAGUUUCGAGUUGAGGCAGUCAGGCCUCUGUAACCUGGAAGGCAGCAAACAGCCCUCCUAUACUGGGUUGUGCUGCUUGGAGGCCGUGUCUGUUCUGCGCGCUUGGAGGCCUCCUAUACAAGUGUGAAAUCUAUUUCUUUUGUAGUCUGGAAGAAGCCCCAGUGCCUGGGAAGGAAGCCUGAUUCUUGUCCAUAGUCUUCUGUGUCUUCCUUCACCUUCACACAUGUCAGAAAAUAAUUCUAAACUCUGCAAAUUGAACAAUGCAAGCAGAUUAAAUUGCUCCCGUGCAGAGCUAGGCUUUGGCUUUAUAUUUCUAGGUGUAAGAACCCACUUGUAUGUUAUCAUGGGUAGGAUCACCGCCCCUUACACCCUGUAUAUAAGAAAAAUGUAUUACUUUUUCUUACCCCUUUAAUCUCCACUACCACCAUUCAGUUCUAAAUAGUCUCAUAUUCAUAUAAGAAUACUAAUUAAUAUUAAGUAUUAAUAAUAUUAAUACUUAAUAAGUAUUAAUCUGUGGGUCUGUGUUUCGUAUCUACCUGGCGCACCUGCUGUUGGUUACUUCAGUAGUCUGGAAAUGGUGAUUUGGUCAUAUAACGGCAUUGACUGUCUGUUCCUUUAUGAAUCUCCAGAUGUACAAUAACAGCAAAUCGUCCAUCAGGUUUACAUGGGAGAAAAUAAGUGAUUGCGACAUAGUUGAAGUUGAACCUUAUUCCGGAAAAUUAGGUAACGCUUUUUCUGUCUGUUGCAUCUGUGUGGCGCACACUGCAUUAAUCUGGGCAGAGGGGCUUCCUGGCGAGAAAGGGGAAGCCUGGUGCUGUGCUGAGAACCUGGACAGACACAGGUGGGCCAUUCAAACCCCACCCAUCUCACCUGCCCAGGUCUCAGGAAUAUGCACCUGGGCCUUAUCUCCCCAUUCGUGAUCAAAGCAUGAAUGAGUGAGGACUGGCCUGGCAUUAAAAAGCAGCAGCACCAGGCUAGAAAGCUUUUGCCAGGGCUUCUUACAUAUCAUUGGAUAUGUAUGUUCUUGAUACUCCCUAGGCCCAUCAUAAGACCUUGGAGAACAGGGUGGGGAGGAAAGAUUAUACAGUGGUACCUCGGGUUACAGAUGCUUCAGGUUACAGAUGCUUCAGGUUACAGACUCCGCUAACCCAGAAAUAGUACGUCGGGUUAAAAACUUUGCUUCAGGAUGAGAACAGAAAUGGUGCAGCGGAAGCAGGAGGCCCCAUUAGCUAAAAUGGUACCUCAGGUUAAGAACAGUUUCAGGUUAAGAACGGACCUCCAGAACAAAUUGAGUUCUUAACCCGAGGUACCACUGUACGCAUAAGUGCAUAUGCCACUAUCAUGAGAAGGCCAUGAUAUAUGUUUUGGAUAAUGAUGUUGGGUUUGGGAAACCAUUCGGCUUUGAAAAAGCAACACCUAUGCUUAUUUUUUUCCCAGAUGGAAGUAACAGAUUUGUUUUCUCUAGGGGUAAAUGAAUUCCAAGAGUUUGAGUUCACCAUUACCGGAGGGAAACCUGGGCAUUCCUGCCAUGAUCUGAAGUGCAAAAUCACUCACUCCAAAGACCCCGUGGUAUUGCACGUGGAAGCUGACUUUAAGGUGGGAAUAUCUGAACCUACGAAGCUGCCUUAUUGUCUUGGCCCUUGGGGUGAGUGGAGCCAUGUCCUUUGUUCCAGAGGGAUGCCCCCCUCCCCACACAGUGCUUGCGGCCUUCCAUCGGACUCGGCUGCCCCCCAGCAGAGAGUUCCACAGUCUCCACCCCAGUGUUUCACUCAGUGCUGUUGUGUUAGUCAGUUUGAGCAUGCAUAUCCUUGUCUUUUGGAUGCUUUUCACUGAGACUUCUGUGGUGGCAGCUGACCUGUUUUAUGUGGUUCGCUUUUCUCAGGGACCUGUUCUUUCCAUCGACGUCCCAUCCUUUGACCUGGGCCUGCUUAAACUGGGAGAAAAAGUGCGGUUCACGUUUCAGAUAGAAAAUCUCAGUCAGCUGCCAGGGAAGUGGAAAAUUCAGGAAAGCCCUGCUUGCUUAACUGAAAGAAAUGAAGAGGUGUGUUGCUCAGAGAUCAGAAUUUGGCCCUUUCCCUUCUUGUGCCUUGUCCAAAGGCAGGGCAUUGAAUGGAAGACUUUUGAUGCCCAGACCUCUGUUCAUGGAAUUACAGUGACUCUUGGGUUUCCCCCCUGCAGACCUCUCCAUUCAAAUUUCAGCCACGUAGUGGAGAAUUGUAUCCUCUUGGCAAGUGCAAGGUCUCUGUUUUGUUUACAUCAUACAUGUGUCAACGUCUUAAGACCGUGUUAGAGAUGGAGGUGGAAAAUGGAGUUGGAAGGUGAGGACAUGAAAUGGGUUAGAGACUAAUCUGGUAAUCUCUCCUCAGUCUCCCAGAGGGCAUUUCAAGAGAACGUUUCCAUCUCUGCUGCAGAAAGGGUCCUAUAGCGUUGGGCAUGUGGCAGUUAGUCAUGUGGCGCCAGGCAGAAACCGUCCUAUUUACCCAGGCCUUUGGCCAUUAAAUAAUCUAUGGUUUGUUAAAGCUGGGGGGUGGGUGGGACUGUUAUUAUGAUUAUUAUAUUAUUACGCUGUCUGUUGUGCUUUUAUUAUGUUUUUAUUAUUGUGCUCCUUAAACUGUGAUCUUAAUGUUAUGCACUGCCCUGGGAUCUUUUGAUAAAGGGAGGUAUAUGAAUUGAAAUAAUAAUAAUAAUAAUAAUAGGAGUAUGGGUGGCCCAGAGGGAGGGGCUGCCCUGUCUCCCCUCUCCCCCAGACCAGCCCUGUCACAUAGCAGGGUGCCUGCUGUUUUGCAGUAGAAUCAGCAGUGUUGCUGCUCCUUUUAGAACUGGGCAGUCCGACUUUUCAUACCGAGUGGGCCACAAGAGUACUUCGUUUGAUACAGACCCCACAGACUGCACAUUGCUUCGUUGCGCAAGGGUGUGGGGGUUUAGGUCAGAAUUGGAGGGCACCCCAGCCCUCAUGCUGCCUUCCAAAAGCCAGAUAAGCAAGGUACCAGGCUUUGGGAAGGAGGCACGAGGCUCUGGCAGAGUCCUAGAUCCCUCCCAAAGCUGGCUAAGUGCUAACUAGGCUUUGGGAAGGAGGUUGGAGGGCUCUAGGACCUUGUCAGAGCCCUCAUGCCUCCUUCCCAAAGCCCAGCGCCUCGCUUACCCGGCUCUGGGAAGGCAGCGCAAGGACUGCAGGGCGUCAGAUGUUGUCAUGGACUGCCAAAAAAGACCUUGAGGGCCACAUGUGGCCAUUGGGACACGUGUUGGACCUGUUGAGAAAAAUACCGUAUUUUUCGCCCUAUAGGACGCACUUUUUCCCCUCCAAAAAUGAAGGGGAAAUGUGUGUGCGUCCUAUGGGGCAAAUGCAGGCUUCGUGCACCUCUCCGCAAGCAGCGGGAGCCCAGCGCUGGGCUCCCGCUGCUUGCGGAGAGUUGCCUGCAUGCUGAAGCCUGCCCGCGCUGAGCUCAGCGCGUCCAGGCUUCGCGGACCUCUCAGCAAGCAGCGGGAGCCAGCGCUGGGCUCCCACGGCUUGCAGAGAGCUGCCUGUUUGGGGGCUGGGGUCGGGGGAAGCUCGGGCUUCCCCCGCCCCAGCCCCGUGCCUGGGGGGAAAAUAAUUCCCCCCUUUAUUUCCCCCCAAAAAACUAGGUGCGCCUUAUGGGACGGUGCGUCCUAUAGGGCGAAAAAUACGGUACUUACUGUAGUGGAGAACUUCACCCCCUCUUCCCUGUAUCAAAAGGAGUUAGGAACAGGAAAGUUUGUGUGCUCUCAAAAGAGGGACUCCUGUACCUUUGGAUGAAUAAUGCCCAGGCUGCCAUCAUUGCAGCCUUGGCAAUCUUAAAGGGACACUUACAGCAGAGAGGGGGCUGAAUUUCACAUGCUAAUCCAAACUGCCCUUCUAUGGAAGAUAAGUGUUUAUUCACUGCCUGCUGCUGGAGCUGUACUUUUUUCUGUUUUCAGUCACAUCUUAGUUUUUGUGGAGGUCCAGACUCCCCACGUCUGCUUGCUGUCGAGUCAUUUGCAUUUUGACCUCUCGGUUGGAAUCCCCGCGGAAGCAACCGUUCAUCUUUUUAACCAGACGCUGCUCCCAUCACGCUUCCAGUGGGGCGAGGUCAGUGGUGCUCCUACUCCUGAUUAGUCAGAAGAGCGCCCCACUGCCUCCUGUUAACUGACCAGCCUUCCUGAUUUGUCCGACAGCUCCUUGGAAGCCAAGCUUCUUCCUGCGAGCUCAGCAUCUCUCCGGAAAGUGGCACUUUGGGUCCCAACGAAACGAAGGAAUUGCGUGUGGUGAUAACUACUAAUGUUAAGGUUAGGGUUUUUGUUUUAGAAGUACUUGGCUUUCAAAAUGCAGAAUAACAUUGCGAUUGCUGCUUCAUUUGUUUGUAGACAACCCCCUUGUCUACAACCCCCACAAUGGGGUGGGAUGUUGGUGUUGAUGACCCCUGGGACCAUCACUGUGGUGUAGCGGUUAGAGUGCUGGACUAGGACUCGGGAGACCAGGGUUCGAAUCCUCACUUGGCCACAAAGCUCACCAGUCACUGCCUCUCUGCCUAACCUACCUCACAGGAUUGUUGUGAGGAGGAAAUGGAGAGGAGGAAAGCCGGAAAAGGGGUUAUUGUUUUGUUUUUGUUUUAAGUAUUUUGUGCUUUUAUCUUAUAUUUUUACCCUGAGAUUCAGAUAAAGGACGGUGUAUGUAUUUUUAAAAUAAUAAUAAUGAUAAUAAUGAUAGUAAUCGUAAUAAUAAUAAUUGCACCAUACCAACUUUGCCAACCUCCCCCUCCACGCAACCACCUGCAGGGAAGCAAUGAUGCACUCAAAGAAACAGGAGCUCCUUCUUUCCUACAACUGAUUUUAUCUGCUGCUUCUGUAUUUUAACUGCUGUCCUAUUAAUUUUUCUGCUAUUGUUGAUCGUUCAAAUAAUCUUCGUUGGAUUUUUACUGUGUGCGUUUAAACAAUUAAAAGCUGCCGUGAGCUCUGCAGAUGUCAUGGGGGGGGGGGAGAGGCAGAUAAGUGUGUUGAAUAAUAGUCGCCCCAAUCUCAAAACAGUGCAAGAUUCCAAGCACUCACCCAUCUUUCCUUUUGGGGAUGAGGCACAGUGGAGGCUGUAGUGUCUCUAUGGUAUAUGGUUUAUUUACAUACACAUACAACCUAAGCCUACAACAGAGGGGUUCACAGCAUCAACACCCCAAAAGGCCCUUGUUUCUCCCAUAGCAGUAGCCUUGGAUUCAGACAGACGUCAAACCUUGCCCUGCCUCUCUCUCUCUCCUCCCAGCUUGCUGCUUUUUCCUCUGGCUCAUGUCACUGCCGCUCUCUGCUUUCAACUCUGGCUCUGUCUUUCUAACGAUCCCUGAGUUGAGGGAAGGUCCUCUUCCAUUUCCCACGUCCCACAGAGCCCCUUCCUUCGUUCUCCUUACAUUUCACCAGGAGGCUAGCCCGGCUAUUCCAGGAAUUAGAGACUUGGUUAGAUUUUAAGACUUGCUGGAAACAUGGAUUAGAAGGGCCUGGCACACAGGUUAACAUCCCAAACUCAUAACAGUAGCCAAAUAAACUACGAUUCAUUUUCUUUUCUAUGGCAAAAUUGGUUUUGGUAAAACCUUUCUCCCUUUUUCUUCUUCGUUCAUUGCAUUCCAAUAUGUCUGUCAUAGUAAAUGGGUGUGUCUUUUUGCUUCUGACUUGGAAGUGUUCCCUCCAGAUUUAGUCCUCCUGAUGACAUUUGCUCUCUGACCUGCUGUUGAUGAUUCUUACACGAAGGUCUAAUUCUUUUUCUGCCAGGAGAAACUGAGUGACCUUGCCCUCUGCUGUUGCAUCGAAGACAUGUUGGACCCCCUAUUUCUGGCAAUUUCUGGUGAAGUUAAGGGGCUCAGAAUCACCUACUCCAUACCUUCUGACAGGUGAAGGAAACUUACAGUUAAUAGCUUAGUAAAAUAUAGCUAUUAAUUACUAGUGGCUCAAAAUGACGCUUUCUUCGGAUUAUAUUAGCUAGGGUAUAAAGAAGCAUUUUACUUGUAUUUCCACUAAACUGUUCAUGGAAGCCCAAUAUAAUCACUCAUUUUCACAUUCAUCUUUCUUUUGACAACCGUUAUGUCUCUGAAAGUGUCUCACUGGCAAACGAGGGAGUCCAUUUAGCGUCUGUUGCUGUUUCUCUGCAGUGUUGAGGAGCAUAAUUCGGAAUCUUCUCAAGAUCUGAUGCUAGACUUUGGCUCGGAAGUGGCAUUGAAAAGUGUUAUAAAACACCAGCUAAUAAUUACCAAUCACUCUGAGUUAGCUGCUCUGUUCUCAGUAGAGGUUGAGUAUUUCAGCCAACCAGGUCCACGUCCCUCAGAUGAACAGGGACAAGAUGGGUAAGUCUUAGAUCCUAUAUGCAAGAGUCUGUUUGCGGGGGAUUGUUUUUUGAUGGAGAAAUAUUUUCUGUUGUAAGUGUAAGCCUCCUUUUCUUCCAUUUAACCUGAUUAGCGGUGAGUAGAAAGAAUGCUCUGGUUCGCCAGAAGCGGCUUAGUCAUGCUGGCCACAUGACCCGGGAGCUGUACGCCAGCUCCCUCGGCCAAUAAAGCGAGAUGAGCGCCCCAACCCCAGAGUCGGUCACGACUGGACCUAAUGGUCAGGGGUCCCUUUACAUUUACCUUUAGCUAAGUCUGAACGAUAAUCAUUUUCAGUAGUAAAUAUUGAUUCACCUGGCUGGCCUCAGGCAAGUGGCUAACACAGCUGUCCUGGUUGGAGCAAGCUAUGGAGGGCACCGGGCUCUUGAAAACUUAAAGCAUGACAUUUUAAGAAAUCCCUGCACCCUUCAGAGUUCUCACUGAGACAUCUUUUUCCAAGCUCCUCCAAAGCUGUCGUGGAAACCACAAGGCGAAUAACGAGGCAGGCUGCAAAGAGGAAACAAUCAGGUAGGCAGAGUCUGGCAUUGCUAUAUUUUCAGAUGCAUUGUGAGUAAGUGGCGGGGGGUGGCGGGAAUGCAGGGAUAAAUUGAAAAAAGUGCCACUGGAUGUGAUCCAACAAGAGGCUCUCCUAUUCCAGUCCCAUUGCCUUGCUGCCAAACUGUUCAUCUGCUCUGGUCUUACAGCCUUCAGAGCUGCCAUGCUAUCUCACGGAAGGGGAGCGACUUUCCAUGUACACCCCUCUGAGGGGAUCCUGAAGGCCUUCGAGGAGCUUGUGGUCAAUAUAACGGCUUAUAACAACAUGUGGGGGCAAUACCAGGACACCCUCAUCUGUAAGGUGCGUGGUCCAGGGGUUGCAGCUCUGACCUGGAGGUUGGGAAGACCGAAGCUUAACUGAGAGUUCAGCAUCAUUAAGCAGAGUGGGGCUUGCUUUCGAGUAAGCAUGCAUAGGAAUGCGCCCACCCCCAACUUAAUAAUAAAUAAUAAUAAACUUUUAUUUGUAUCCCACCCUCCCUGGCCAAAACUGGGCUCUGAGCGGCUAACAUCAAAUAUAUAACAUUGGUAUAAAAUCAAACAAUAAUUAAAUUACCUCCCAAAAACAAGUCAGGAUCAAAUUAAAAUCUAAUUAGAUGGCUUUCCGCAAGAUUGGGGUUGGGAACAGGAAAUGCUCAUCAGGCCCAACUGUUUACGCUGUUCUUAUAUGGGCCUGUGAGAAUGCUGGGAGGCCUCUUUCAUACUAGUUCUUAUACAAAAGGAGAAGGGGAGUCAGGCUGAGCCCUGACCAAAGGCCUGGUGGGACAACUCCGUCUUGUAGGCCCUGCGGAAAGAUGUCAAAUCCCGCAGGGCCCUGAUCUCUUGUGGCAGAGUGUUCCACUUACUAGAGGAUGAGCCCCCCACUGUACUAAGAGGAGCUUAACUUCCAAGGAAAUGGGUGUAUGAGUCGCUGAUGGGUGGCCUAGUUCGCACCCAAGGAGUUUGGAGCUCAGAAUGACGGACACUUUGUGGUUUGCUUGGGCUUUGUCUGGAUGUGGGAAGAGGAACUGUAUACUGAGCCUUGUUCACAAGGUUGUGACAAGCGGCAGACAUCUGAAGGUGUGCACAUUCCCUUCAGCGCAGUCAGUUACCUGCAAUAAGCAAGUCUUUUCUUGCAUGUAAAAGGAAAGAAUGCCUGUGAAUCAUUUGUCUCCCAGGAGGCCUCAGGAUUUAGCAGCUGGGUUCCAUUGCUUACAUGCACAAUAUUUCUCUGUACAGGUGGGGGAAUCGGAGCCGAUGUUGAUCCCCAUCCAAAUGACUGUGAAGGGCUGCCCAAUCUUCUUGCAGAUGACAGGACCCAGCCAUCCAAUGCCAACGCCUGUAAUCAGGUAUAAUAAUAAUAGUAAUAUAUUACUUACACUCCACCCAUCUAACUGGGUUGCCCCAGCCCCUCUAGAAGGCUUUCCAACAUAAUAUAAAAACACAUUAAACAUUAAAAACUUCCCGAUACAGGGCUGCCUUCAGAAAUUCGAGCAGUUGUUUUAUCUGUUUAACAUCUGGUGGAAGGGGAUUCCACAGGGUGGGUACCACUACCAAGAAGGCUCUCUGCCUGAUAAAAACCUACCUGCUCUUCACAAGGCAGUUGAGGCUGUGUCUGCGUUCAGGAUGGGCAAAACCCGUUCAGUUUCUCAUUUUCAGAUCUUAAGUGCACUUCUCCACAUUGGUUUGUAAAUUGUCAAAAGUAUGAAAAUUCACCAGCAUUCUGUGAAUUUCUCUCUAGUAUGCACAUUUUUCUGUGCCUAGCAUACGUUUCUUUUUAAUCUCGAUUCUCCCUAAUGUAAUGCAUUUUUUGUAUGUAAUUUUCAGUAACGUGCAUUUUGAUGCACACUUUGCCCUAGCGUUUGAAUUUUGUAUACAUUACUUGGCUGAAGAACCACACUGCAGAAUUUGGAGCAGGGAUUAUUUUGAAGAACAGCUGCGUUUUCUAUUUGCGUUCUGUUUCCAAAAGUGCGACUUAAGGAGGUUCACCUUUAAAGGGGAUUCUCUGUCAGGAUUCCCAAGCCCUUCUGACCCAGCGGCAGUUCCCAGCUGCCCCGGAGGAGAGCAGAGCCUUGUGGCAGAGGCAUGUCCCCUUCAACAGAAAGACCCAGAACGUAGACUUAAGUGAUGCAUACCCAGGUGACCCCAUUUUUCUUCUCCAGGUUUGGGGCCCACAUCUCCGGAGGGGAUACAGUCUCGCGAUACGUCCGGCUCAACAACCCCACCCCCUUUGGUAAGCGAAGAGGAUGUUUGCCCUUUGUGAGAAGCAUUAUGGCCACAGCAGGGGUCCUGUUUCCAACCCAGCACCGAGUGGGGCCUGAGUGGGGCCAGAGGCAGAGCAAUAAAUGUACAUUACCGUAUUAUUCGCUCUAUAAGACACGCUUUUCCCCCUCCAAAAAUUAAGGGGAAAUGUGUGUGUGUCUUAUGGAGCGAAUGCAGGCUCCUUGGCUUCAGCGAGAGCAACCACAAAACCUCUGAAGCGCAGAGGGAGCACUCCCUCCGUGCUCCGGAGGCUUCGGGUUGCUUUCACUGAAGCCAGGAGAGCAAGACUCUACUGGAUUCAGCGAAAGGAACCUGAAGCCCCUGGAGCGCAGCGGAAAGUCCCGCUGCACUCCGAAGGCUUUGGGUUGCCUUCGCUGAAGCCAGGAGAGCGAGACGGAUCGGUGCACACCGAUCCCUCUUGCUCUCCAGGCAUCAGGGAUAGCCGCCCGAGCAGGAGGCUUCAGGUUGCUUCGCUGAAGCCAGGAGAGCGAGACGGAUCGGUGCACACCGAUCCCUCUUGCUCUCCUGGCUUUGCUUCGCUGGAGAGGCGCUGCACAGCUUUCCCUCUCUGCGCAGCGCCCCUUCAGCUAAGUGAUAGGAGAAAUGGAAGGGGCUGUGUUUCUCCUGCCGCUUCGCUGAAGGGGCGCUGAACAGAGGGGGAGAUUUAUUUUUCUUGUUCUCCCCCUCUAAAACAAGGUGCAUCCUAUGGUCGGGCGUGUCCUAUAGAGCAGUGUUCCCCAACCUUGGGCCUCCAGCUGUUUUUGGACUACAAUUCCCAUCAUCCUUGACCACUGACUGGUCUUGCUAGCGAGGGAUGAUGGGAGUUGUAGUCCAAAAACAGCUGGAGGCCCAAGGUUGGGGAACACUGCUAUAGAGUGAAAAAUACGGUGGUUCCUUUGCACAGCAGGCUGCUUUCUGCUGUGCAAAUAUUAAUGCACCCCUCUCUUUUCAUCCAGCCAAGCAAGGAGCAUUAUCAGAGUCCAAGGACACUUUUCAGCAAAACACUUGGGCAAGGGAGGGGAGUUCCAGGCGCCAGGCAGACACUUGGAGCAGCUUAUAUUUGUCUCAUGGGCCUGAGUUUCCCCACUUCUGCAUUACAGUGUUUUUGUUGCUGCGACGAUGGCAAAGGCCCAGUAGCAACCAGUUCCAGUAGGAAGCUUUUGAGCAUCUUUCACUGAGCUCUCCUUGCCUUUGUGGGGAUACUGAAUGAGCUACAAUCCCGGCAGUUUUGGAAUUUCCAUGUUAACCAACAGCGGUUCAAGGCUCCAUGCUGUCCCAUAGGCUGAGGUUUUGUGGUGAACAUCCCAAGGGCAUUUUUGUGGUCUGAGAACUUUUCCCUGCUCGCCCACUUCCAAUGUUGUCUUUGCAUCCUUGAGGAUUAGAAACCUGCUUAAUAAUAAUAAUAAUAAUAAUAUUUGUACCCCACCCAUCUGGUGUCUUCUGAACAUCAGAUAGUUGUUAAUUUCUUUAACAUCUGAUGGGAGGGUGUUCCAUAGAGCUGGCACCACUACCAAGAAGGCCCUCUGCCUGGUUCCUUGGAACUUUGCUUCUUGCAGUAAGGGAACCACCAAAAGGCCCUCGGCACUGGACCUCAGUGUCUGGGUUGAACAAUGGGUGUGGAGACGCUCCUUCAGGUAUACUGGGCUGAGGCUUUUUAGGGCUUUAAAGAUCAGCACCAACACUUUGAAUUGUGCUUGGAAACGUACUGGGAGACAAAGUAGGUCUUUCAAGACCGGUGUUAUGUGGUUUCGGCGGCCGCUCCCAGUCACCAGUCUAGCUGCCACAUUUUGGAUUAGUUGUAGUUCCCAGGUCACCUUCAAAGGUAGCCCCACAUAGAGCGCAUUGCAGUAGUCCAAGCAGGAGAUAACCAGAGCAUGCACCAGAGCAUGCGCUCUGGCAAGACAAUCGAGUAGAUAGGGUCUCAGCCUGCAUACCAGAUGGAGCUGAUAAACAGCUGCCCUGGACACAGAAUUGACCUGUGCCUCCAUGGACAGCUGCGAGUCCAAAAUGACUCCCAGGCUGCGCACCUGCUCCUUCAGAGGCACAGUUGCCCCAUUCAGGACCAGGGAGUCCCCGACACCUACCCGCGCGCUGUCCCCCCCAAAACAGUACUUCUGUUUUGUCAGAAUUCAACCUCAAUCUGUUAGCUGCCAUCCAUCCUCCAACCACCUCCAGACACUCACACAGGACCUUCACCGUGUUCACUGGUUCCAAUUUAAAAGAGAGGUAGAGCUGGGUAUCAUCCGCAUAUUGAUGGACACCCAGCCCAAACCCCCUGAUGAAAAGGAAAGAAAGCUGAGGUCUUUAGGUCGCUUUGUUCUACACCAGUCCCAGUGCAUUGUAGCAUUGCACACAGCUUUGACUGAGACAUGCUGUUGAGCAGUAUGCAAGUUUUCUCGUCUGUGGCGCUUGCCUGGUCACAGUUAUUUCACGCGUGCAAGACAUCUUCUGACGUUGCCGUUGCUGAAGGAUGAGCAUGCAAAUACAAGCUCAACCUUGGUUAUAAAACCUUAGCAACUCUGAGUUUCUUUCUGCAUCCCCCCCCCUCUUUCUCAAUCCAGACAUUCGAAUGGACUGGGAAAGUUAUAACCAGGAUAAAGAUGACGACAAGCUGGUGGACCUCUUGGUUUUCUACGGAGCUCCUUUUCCUGUUAGAGACCUUGAUGGCAACGAGAUUGAAGUCCUCUGGGAGACUGAAACACCCCCAGAGAAAGUGCCGGUAGGGAUCUAUUGUGCAGUGUUUUCCUUAAAGGCAGGAAGGCGCCUUGCAUGCAGCUCUUGGAUAUGAAUGUCAAACAAGCAAGAAUGCUCACAUGAGUGCGUGCAAUUCAACACAAAUGUUCUUUACAACUCUCCUUCCUUCCAGUUGCAUUUCAGUGGUGUUGCUUUCCAGGCUUGAAACUAGAGCAGGCUUCUCCAUCCUAGUGAGCACUAGAUGUUGUUGCGAUUAGAUUAUUUGAUUUCUAUACUGCUUAAUAAAAGGGACGCGGGUGGCGCUGUGGGUUAAACCACAGAGCCUAGGACUUGCUGAUCAGAAGGUCGGCGGUUCGAAUCCCCACGAUGGGGUGAGCUCCCAUUACUCGGUCCCUGCUCCUGCCAACCUAGCAGUUUGAAAGCACGUCAAAGUGCAAGUAGAUAAAUAGGUACCACUCCGGCAGGGAAGGUAAACAGCGUUUCUGUGCGCUGCUCUGGUUCGCCAGAAGCGGCUUAGUCAUGCUGGCCACAUGACCCGGAAGCUGUCUGCGAACAAACGCCAGCUCCCUCGGCCUAUAGAGCGAGAUGAGCACACAACCCCAGAGUCGUCCGCGACUGGACCUAAUGAUCAGGCGUCCCUUUACCUUUAUGCUGCUUAAUAUAUUAAAAUAUAUAUCUAAGUGGUGGACAAAAAACUGAAGCAACAACAGACAGACUUAAAAUAUUACAAAAAGACACAGCUGCAUAUAAAAAUGCUAUAUUAAUACAAAGUUAGUAAUAUAUACAAUGUGUGACCAGAAAGUUCGGUGGAUGGUCACAGAAAUCAGACAGCAAGAAAUAUUUGAAUAUACAGUUGGCAUCAGAAACCCACGAAAUGCUCACAAUUGUGUAUGGAGAUGAAGCUGUAACUUGAAAGACAGUGUAUGAGUGGUUUAAGCGUUUCCAUGAAGGGUGGCAAACCAGUGAAGAUGACCCUCGGUCUGGAAGACUGGCGGCUUCAGAUGUCGACAGAGUUCGUGAGUUAUUGGUGUGGGAUCGGCGUUUGUCCAUCCGAAUGAUGGUGGAAGAAUUGCAUAUUCCGCUUGAAAUCGUUACUGCGGUUACUGAGUUGUCCCACUCUCCUGAUCUGGCCCCACCGGAUUUAUUUCUUUUUCCAAAACGGAAAUCUGCCCUGAAAGGGCACUAAUUUUCCAACAUUUCACAUGUCCAAGCUGCUGUGACAAGGGAACUGAAAGCAGUACGAAGAGGACUUCUCCAGAAGUUUCCAACAGUUCUACAAACGUUGUCAAUCGUGCAUUGUAUCGGGGGGGGGGCUAUUUUGAAGGCCUGUAUGUAUUUCUCGAGGGACGCGGGUGGCGCUGUGGGUAAAACCUCAGUGCCUAGGACUUGCCGAUCGUAUGGUCGGCAGUUCGAAUCCCCGCGGCGGGGUGAGCUCCCGUCUUUCGGUCCCAGCUCCUGCCCACCUAGCAGUUCGAAAGCACCCCUAAGUGCAAGUAGAUAAAUAGGUACCGCUUUAUAGCGGGAAGGUAAACAGCGUUUCCGUGUGCUGCGCUGGUGCUGGCUCGCCAGUUGCAGCUUCAUCACGCUGGCCAUGUGACCCGGAAGUGUCUUCGGAUGGCGCCGGCUCCCGGCCUCUUAAGUGAGAUGAGUGCACAACCCUAGAGUCUGACAAGACUGGCCUGUACAGGCAGGGGUACCUUUACCUUUACCUUUAUGUAUUUCUCACUGUCCGAUUUCUGUGACCACCAAACCUUUUAUAAGUCAGUAUCAAUUCAUUUCCCUUCUGACACACUCUCCCUCUCAGCCUCCGGGUUCUCCUUGCUGGUUAGGGCUCAGAGGAAUGUUGCAGUUGAAAACAUCCGGAGGGAAACCAGGUUGGGAAAUGCCGGACCUAGAGUUUUGCAUAGGGCUGGGGUUGCACUUCCAAUUGUUGUUUUUCUUUAAGAGGAGCAAACCACGAGCCCAGGUUCAGACAUCCUGGAGGUGCAGCAAGAGCAGCAGAUACCGUAGGAGCAAAGGAGACACCAUAGUUUGUUUUGAGCUGUGGUUUAAUGUUCCAUGUGGACCAGGCCAACCUGGGUGGAAUUGCAGAGAAUCAACUUUUUCUCCUGGGAUGAAGGCCCAUUGUGUGGGUUAUGGCUCCAUCUGUCGUCCAGAGGCAGAACAUGCACCUGAAGGCAGUUGGCAUGACUCGGCCCUCCUCAGCCCCAGCCCAUUUCCUGCCUUGAUUCGAGGUGGUUCAUCUUGGUCUUGACGUCUGUGUCUCUUCACGAGUUUAGCUUUCCCUCUGAACUUAAGAAGAGCCUGCUGGGUCAGGCCAGUGGCCCAUCUAGUCCAGCUUCCUGUUCUCACAGUGGCCAGUGGGAAAACAGCAAGCAGGACCUGAGCUCAAGAGCAACUCUUCCCUCCUGUGGCUUCCAGCAACUGGUGUUCAGAAGCAUUGCUGCCUCCAGGAUGGAGGCAGAGCACAGCCAUCCUGACUAGUAGCCAUCAAUAGCCGUCCGUGAAUUUGUCCAAUCCUCUUUUAAAGCCAUCCAAGUUGGUGAGCAUCACUGCCUCCUGGAGGACCAAGUUCCCUAGUGAAGAAGUCCUUUCCUUUAUCUAUCCUGAACCUUCAUUGGAUGUCCUCAUGCUCCAGGGCAGCCUUUCUCAACCUGUGCUUCCCCAGAUGUCGUUGGACUACAACUCCCAUCAUCCCUGAGCUCUGGCCUUGCUAGCUAGGGGUGAUGGGAGUUGUAGUCCAACAUCAUCUGGGGACCCACAGGUUGAGAACUGCUGCUCUAGGGCCUUCUUUCCUUCCUAGAUUUCCAUUCUGUUUAAAAAGUAGAAGAAGCCCCUUUUGCCAUUCUGAAUAACAUGCCACUCUGGUGGCUACUGGCCUUCUAUCGUCACACUUAAUGGUGUGGUUCUGAAUACCAGUUGGCCACUAUGAGAACAGGAUGCUGGGCUGCAUGGGCCACUGGCCUGUUCCAGCAAGCUAUUCUUAUGUACAGCGGUACCUCGCGUUAAGAACUUAAUUCGUUCCAGAGGUCCGUUCUUAAGCUGAAACUGUUCUUAACCUGAAGCACCACUUUAGCUAAUGGGGCCUCCUGCUGCUGCUGCACCGCCGGAGCACGAUUUCUAUUCUUAUCCUGAAGCAAAGUUCUUAACCCAAGGUACUAUUUCUGAGUUAGUGGAGUCUGUAACCUGAAGCAUAUGUAACCUGCAGCGUAUGUAACCCGAGGUACCACUGUAGUUUCCUCCCUCUCUGAUCCUUCACAACCCAUGUUUUUCAUUGCCAUAGAGUCUAGAUGCAAUUUUGGAGGACGAUGAAGGAGGAGGAGGAGGAAGCAGCAGCAGCAGCAGUGAUGAUGACUCUUGGCAACCGACCGUCCUCAAGAAAAUAAUCUCGGUGGUUAUCCGGCCCCACGAGGGGGUGCCCUCCGACUACCCUUUCUGCAUCACUCCCAAGCAAGUGGUAUGUUCUAGCUUCCCUCCUGUGACCUUGGAAGCCAAGGGGUGAAAAGAUGGGAGAGAGGGAGGGAGGAGAGAUUUCAACACAAGAAAGGGCUAAACUUUGGGGGGGGGCGGGUUCAUGUAUUUAUGAAUCCUUUCCUGUGUUCUCCAAAUAGAAUAGAAUAAUAAGGUAAGGGGACCCCUGACCAUUAGGUCCAGUCGUGGCCGACUCUGGGGUUGCGGCGCUCAUCUUGCUCUACUGGCCGAGGGAGCCGGCAUACAGCUUCCGGGUCAUGUGGCCAGCAUGACUAAGCCACUUCUGGCGAACCAGAGCAGCACACGGAAAUGCCGUUUACCUUCCCACCAGAGCGGUACCUAUUUAUCUACUUGCACUUUGACGUGCUUUCGAACUGUUAGGUUGGCAGGAGCAGGGACCGCGGGGAUUUGAACCGCUGACCUUCUGAUCAGCAAGUCCUAGGCUCUGUGGUUUAACCCACAGUAGUUAAUAAUAAUAAUAAUAAUAAUAAUAAUAAUAAUAAUAUGCUACCCAUCUGACUGGGUUCCCCCAGCCACUCUGGGCAGCUUUCAACAGAAUAUAAAAACAUAACAAAACAUCAAACAUUAAAAGCUUCCCGAAACAGGGCUGCCUUCAGAUGUCUUCUAAAAGUCAGAUAGUUGUUUAUUUCCUUGAAAUCUAAUGGGAGAGCGUUCCACAGGGCUGGCUUUUUGUUUAUUAUUAUAUUAUUCAAAACAAGGUGAUGGACUGAAGUGGUUGGAUUCUGGAUUACAAUGCGGGUUCAGGAUAUCACAAGUGCGGGGGAGAGUUACUUGUUUUGAAUGCUUCUCCGUAGAAAACACUCCCCAUAAUAGUCUACUUCACACUAUGUGGCGGAGCAUUUAAGAAUGCGGUCCCUCCACCUCCUACAAUCUCAGCUCUGAGGGCUCCGUAUAUUUAGAAAACUGGCUCUCAUCAGGAACAGGACACGAGGUUGAUCCUAGGCAGCUGGGGUUCAAAACACAACCUUUCCUCUCUCCCCAAAAAUCAGAAUAUUUUUGAAGUCUCCCUAGCUUCACAAGUUGUUUGCCACAUGUGGGGGUGGAGGAGGGGACGGCUGUUUCCGAAAUACAAACCUCAAGCCCCCCUGGAUAUGCAGAACCACCUGCCGUCUCAGUGUUCCUAAUCAGCUGUUUGUGCCCAGGUGGUCCCUGCAGGUGGUUCUGCUGCCAUCCACAUUUCCUUCACUCCGCUGAUGCUGCCAGAGAUCAUCAAUAAGUUUGAAUGCGAAGGUUUUGCCCUUGGCUUCAUGAGCCUGGAUAGCAGGGUAUGGAUAAGAGAAUAAUGCCUUUCCUUUCCUUUCCCUCCUUAUCCAUCCCAUCUCAUCUGACUCCUCUCUUUUCCAGCUUUGUUGUGUUCCUUAGGCUUUGUCCAGCACCCUGCUCUCACCGCCCUACCCAAACUAACACCCACUUGCCACCACCAUGUGUCAUCCUACCUAGUCCUCCCGAAGUAGAGAGGUGUGCUGAGGAAUGGUGCUGUUUUUCAGGACAGCCCAUGAGCAUAAGCCAGAUUCAUUCCCUGAGUCUUCCCCAGCGGGUGCCCCAACCAGAUACGCAGGUUAGACUCAUGGUGACACAGCCCCAUCACCUCCUAUCAGGUCAGAAGCCUCGCAUGGGUCCAGUUUCUUGCAUCGCUGCUCCAUGGCCAGCUCUUUGCACAAACUGAGAUGGUAACCUAGGAUCCCUGGCAACCUUGCAGUGCAAACAAAGCCAUUUUCUUUCAAAUGGAAACCAUCUUGGGAAGCCACACCUUGCCAUCCAAAGUGCUCUGGUCGUGGCAGGUCCUGCCUGUCCCCCGCUCCCGAGAAUGGCCUUAACACAAAUUGAGCUGCAACCCAAAUUAAGCCCAGCCCCGUCCCAUCCCAUCACUCGGAGGAGGCUCAGCACGGCUCUAAGUGUCCACAACGGACCCCCAUUGAUACGUUUUUAUUCCCCUCCACCAGAUUGUUCGGAACGUCCCUGGGAAAGUGACUCGUGGAGACGGCUAUGCCGUCGCGCCUCUGCGGAUUGACCUGCAAGCGUUUGUCAAGCCAGCUUUGUAAGUGCCAUAUCUGAAGCGAUGGGGUGGCUUUUGGGACAGAAUGAGGGCUGGGUGCUCACAGCUGCACAAGCAAAAGUUGAGUGGUGAAGAAGAAGAGUUUGGAUUUGAUAUCCCGCUUUAUCACUACCCAAAGGAGUCUCAAAGCGGCUAACAUCCUCCUUUCCCUUCCUCCCCUACAACAAACACUAUGUGAGGUGAGUGGGGCUGAGAGACUUCAGAGAAGUGUGACUAGCCCAAGGUCACCCAGCAGCUGCAUGUGGAGGAGCGGGGAAGCGAACCCAUUUCCCCAGAUUACGAGACUACCGCUCUUAACCACUACACCACACUGGCUCUCUUCCAGAAGGGCACCUCCUGGAAUGGCCACUAUGCCUCACGACCGGGAUGAUACUCUGAUCAUCCAGAAACAGAGAAGGAACUCUCGUCACUGUUUUUGGAUUAAUGCUACCCCCCCAACCCCAAAUGAGUUGGACAAGUCCGGUUCCUUCAGGGACUGGAAACCUGGUUUCGUGCCUCCAUUUCCUGAAAGAGAGUGGCGAUAGCUCACCUUGAACCCUGGGAAUCUACAGAGGUGAUGGACCAGAGGGAACUUGAGCAGAGCCCAAAGCUUUCCCAAAAUGGAGGUGGGGUUCUUUCUGCUAGGCAAAUACCUUUUUUAAAAACAACAACAAUAAAAUCUCAAUCUUAUUUUGCCUUUUAUGAACUCCUUUGCUACUUUACGCAGCUUUGAGUUUUACUGCUUUAUUCAUUUUAUAGUUGCUUUAGCUAAAGGAGAAAUGAACUGCGUUUCAUUCAUAAACUGCUCUAUUAUUAUUAAAAGGUGGUAAACAAAUUACUGUCAUAAAAUUACACCCGUACUAAAUACAAGCAAUGAAUAAAAUUAUGGCUACAGUAGAAGGGCAGGGGUGAUGGGAGUUGUAGUCCAAGGGGGGGACGGGACAAACUGGGGAGUCUCCUUCAACCCCAAGCCAGAGAUUCCUCAGCUCUGACUUUAAAACCUCAAGUAGAAGAUACACAAAAGUUGGCUCUUUCCUCCUCCUAUAGGCCACAAUGACUGAGACAGCUGUGCGUGACGUUACAGCCUAGUGCAAAGUUUAUGGACUUGUUCAUAAUUCCGCUCUAAGAGCUUGUUGAAAGCAGUCCAGAGCCAAGCUCGGUGGGCAUGCUCUACACUGAAGGUGCCACAUAUAAUCCCAUUAGUGGGUUACGCUCCUGCUUAGACAAGACUGAACGGCCUUUGGUUUUCUUCCUGCAGGCUAACUGCUGAGAUGGAUCAUGAGAGCGGAUUGGUGUUUCACGCUCUGGCCAGCGCCCUUAUCCCAGACGAGCCCCUCAUGGGCGUAAGUAGUCCCGAUUCCUUUCCUACUUUUGAGAUCCUCGAAAAGUUGUGUCUUUCCUCCUCACGGAACAAGGCUUUGAAAGUGCACCAUGAAAACAGUCACACUGAGAAUCCAGUGCGGGGAUGCAUUGUAAGGGAAAUGGAGUCACCUGGGGAUGGGAAGCGGGUUUGAUUUUGAUCAUUUGUUUCUCAACACUUCCCCGCAAAUCACUUAGCGACUGGCAACAAUUAAGCACUGCCAUGCAACAACAAAAAUUGCUUUCGGGCUGUUUUUGCCCUUUCUUACAGUUUGAAAUUAUUUAUUUCCCAGCACCUGCAGAUAUAUGCAGCCGUGCAUGAGCUGAAUGCACAUAUGUGGGGAAUCGCAUGAGUAUAAUAUUAAUUAAUUAAUUUUAAUUUUAUUAUGUAUUUUGUGAUUUUAUAUAUGAACAUGAAAUUUAUUACGGUCAGAGACCAGCAUGAGAUACACAAAUGGAACUACAAUCCCAAUAGCAAAAUAAACAUUUAAAACAAUAUACAAUAUACAAUAUAAGGCAAAGACCAUAAGACGACCUGUAUUAUCGCCAGAUUCUCGCACAGAUCUAUAGGUACAGACCAUCCCCCGAUUCAAUCUAGUUUGUUAAGAAAAUUCCCAAACCGUGGUCCAUGGGUGACUUUGGGCCAUUUUUCUUAGUCUAAAGUUUUUAUAUGUUUAUAUGCCUAUCACACUUUUAAACUUAAAAUCCAUUGCUGAUUUUAUAUAUUGAUUUUAUUCUGUGAACCGCCCUGAGACCCCUGGGUAUAGGGCAGUUAAUUAAUUAAUAGAUGGUAUGUAUGCCCUUUUAUGUAUAUGCUCCCUCUCAAUCCUUUAGGUACUGACACAGUCAGCCACAACCCUUAACCUGAAGCUCACCAACAACACAGAGACUCCUCUGUCCUUCAAGCUGGUUUUGACGACGCCCUUCUCCGUGUCUGGCGUUGACCCCAAGAAGAACCUGAAGAUACCCCACAGUGACAGUGAAAAUGGGGAGCAGCACCUUUUACUCUAUCCUCUGGAAAAUAUGCUGGUAGGUUCAUCUUCAAGCCUUAACCAGCAGUGGAUUGGAUGCGGACUAAGUAAAACUUACGCCCCAUUGCUUUCACUGGUACCGAAGUUCUAGUAUAAAGAAAUAAAGUGACACGGACCAGGGAAGGAGACCAGGGCUUCAGAUUAGAAGCAUAAGCCGUUUUGCAAUGAAGUUUUAACAUUUAAACUACUAUCUCGAAGUAGGAACUCUGUCAAAGAAAAGGAGAAAACUAUCCAGUGUCUAUUUAAGUCAUUAUUAUUACUUAAUACUAUUUUCAUUAGAUAAAAACAGUUUAAAACAGAGGCAGCACACACAUAGAAUCAGUUCAAAUCCAAGAUCCCGAUUGGGAUAAAGUCUUCAGAAGGUGUGUUGAAAGAGGAAUGUCUUUAGCAGGCAUCAGAAAGGCAACAGAGAAGGUGCAUGUCAUGUCUGAUACGCAGUGGCAGGGAGUGCUAAAAGAUAAAUGUCACCGCACUGAAGCACCCUCCUUCUCAUUUUUUGCAUUUAAAUUUUUUAAUUGCAUUUAGUCCCUUCAGUUCAAACUCAGUAUAAUCAUUAAGAGAACUGGUGUUGCAGGUCAAAAGAGGGCCCCUUUUUUAAAAGUAGGAACCUGUUUGUACUGGUUGAUUAGCAUCGAUAUGGUAAUUGAACAAGCCACUCCCCUAUGCAGAACGACUGGCUUGGCUUCUUCUGUUGUCUUCUAUGUGAACAAGAGUUCUGUGUAAUUCAAGAGCCUGCUUAUCUGAUCACCGAGAGAAGUUCAUCCAGUAAAAGAUAACGACAUUGUGUUUUACUGGACUGCAAUACCUCAUAUUCCAUAUGAACCAACCCGACCCCUGAGAUCAUCCUCUGAGGCCCUUAUUCGUGUGCCUCCUCCAUGAGAGGUCCGGAGGGCAGCAACACGAAAACGGGGCCUUCUCUGCAGUGGCUCCCUGUCUGUGGAAUGCUCUCCUCAGGGAGGUUUGCCUGGCACCUUCAUUGUACACCUUUAGGUGCCAGGCAAAAACGUUCCUCUUUAACCAGGCCUUUGGUUGAUUGACAUCAAAUACCCUUUAAAAAUGUUUUUUGGGGGGUUUAGUGGGUUGUUUGUUUUUAUUUUGAUUAUGUAUUUUGUGUUUUUAUAUUGUGAUUUUAUUCUGUGAACCACUCUGAGAUCUGCGGGUAUAGGGCAGUAUACAAAUUUUAAUAAUAAUAAUAAUGUACAGCACAUCAUUUUUCCUGCAAACAUGGUUCUGUCAUUAACAUAUUUGGCCUGGCUUACACACAGGUAAAGGUGUCAUUCCACACAUCUCUGGAGUUACUAACCUACCAACAUCUCCCGGAAGACCAGUUCCUGCCUGGGCUUCAAGUGCUACAGCUUGAGAACGGAGACAAAAUCCUAGAGUUUAAGCAAAAUCUCAUCAUUGAAUACAGUAACAAAGCAACCCAGGUAUGCAGAUUGAUGUCAGUGAGCCAAAAGUCCAGAAAAAAAGACUCGCAAGGGCUUCACAAUGGCAUAUGGGAGCUACCCUGGUCAGCUGCUGUUGGGCAAGAAGCUGUAUUUACUGCAACAGGGCUACCCACUUACACACAUUUUGCUUAUCACCUGUACUUUGAAAUAUGCCAAUGCAAGUAUGGGAAUAUAUUGAUUUACUGCCUCUACCUGCUUAAGCCCACUUUACCACAUAUUGUUGCAACCUUCUUUCAUAUUUUAAAGUUAUUUUAUACACAACCUUUGGCAGGACAGAUUUAUUAACCCCCAGACCAGUUACUAGUCUUCCAAAGCUUAUUAGUUUUUAAGUACAAGUUUGAUCUUUAAGAGGGGUGGGUGGCUGAGCAGACAUGUCUUCCUUGCCGUACCCACUUCUUUUUUUGGCCAGAAAUAUGGACUGCCAAACUGAAUUGCAAGAGCAACAAGGUCUCCCUGACCGCAGCAGUGUCUGGUUGUGCGUAGAGCCGAUUGGCGGUUAGGAAGCUGUUGCCCAGAGCAGCAAUCUUAAGAUUUCUGCUCUUACCCUGCAGCAGAAACAAACAAAACCGCAGAAAACACUGGCUCCUGUGUGGAGGUCCAUCUGAAUGUACUUUAUGGGUAGGUUGGAUCCUGGUUAACCACUGGCGCUGGCAGAAAUGCUUACCCAGCUUGGGAGAGUUAUACUUAGACAGGGGAGAGUGUGUGUAAUCCCACAACUCACCCCCAGAAUUUUAGCUGUUAUUUUUUAAGCAUCCAAAGAGAUCUGGUGUCCACACCUAGAAGCUGCACUAGAAAUGCUCUGGGAUGCUUGCACCAAGCUAGCUUAACAUCUUAUGUAUAUGGGCAAUUACCAUAGAUCAGCUCUGGCCUAUCGUCUUCCCAGUCUGCUUUGCCUUGUCAAUGCACAAUUCCUCCUUUAUCAAAGGCUCUUGCCCUGUUUUAUACCUUUGCAGGCACUGCCCAUGGCUGCAUACCUCACUGUCCCAGUACUUGGGCUCUCUUGUGACACGAUUGAUUUUGAAAUCUGCCUUGUUAAUCAAACGAGGUCCGAAGCUGUCCUUGUGAUGAAUACAAGUGGAUGCAGGAGCUACUGGACAGCUUUGCUAGGUAAGAGAAAUUGGGAGGUUGACAUCUCCCACUCUGUUAAGAAGGCUCAUAUGCUUGGAAGCUGCAUUGUGAGAAUGUCCAUUUAUUUUUUAACAAAAUCAUAGAAUCUGUUUAAUUUAGAACAUGUGUAGAUCUCCUUUCUGCCAAAAAAAGGUGGGAGCUCAUUGUGUUAAUGGUGCAUUAGAAUGAAGGACACACAUUUGCAAACUGCAGUGUAUUUUCAAAACAAUUUUGGAUAAAUUAGAGUAAUGAAUUCAGUAGACUGGAAGCCAGGACAACUGUUAGCAACUUUCUCAGAAGCCGAGUGGCCAUUUUAUUCAACUGGUAAAGAUGCGAGUAGACGUUAGUGAGGCUUUCUUUUCAUUAAGAAUGUCAAUAUACCUUUUGCUCUUUCACUUCCUCUUACAGAUAAAAAUGAGCGGCACAAAGAACCUGAAGUGUUUUCCAUCUCCCCAAAUAACGGCGUUCUUGAAGCACAUCAAAGUAGCGUGCCUACCAAAACACUUCUGGUGGUUCGCUUCACCCCAAGGUAGGACAUGAAGCGAGUUAAUGUUCUGCAUGGCUUUUGUAGGGUUACCACCAAAGCUGCCAACCUGUUGGUAAAUUAGGGGGGCUUUAUGAAACCAUGUUUCCUUGUGUAUUGGCUGCAGUGACUGCAUUCCUAAGCGCCUCCUCUGAUAACUUUUGCAGUUCACACUGACAGUGGGGAGGUAGCUGGAGCAGACCUGUUUUCCAUACAAAAGGGUAACCUAUGAGUCUUCAGUGUACAAGAAAGCAGUAGCUGCAGAAGUAUCUUAGGGCAGAUGGGCUCUCUAGCUCAGAGAGCAAUACUUGCGUAUUAAAUAUAAAUUGUGUCAAGGAGCUAGAAUUAGGGCACAUUAUAAAGCUAAAUUCACCACUUCCAGUAACCUCCCAAAACAAGGGUUACUAACCUUUGCCCCCUCCAGAUGUUGGAUUCUGAAGUCCAGUUUCCAGCAACCUCUGGAAGGCUGGAGGGUGAGUUAGCGCUGCCCUAAAAGACUUGAGGCAGAUACAGCAGCAAGUUUUCUUUAUCCACUUGGGCAUGGGGGGUUUAAAAUCAGGAGUGCAACACAGCUAGCAUACAGUUGCAAGAUUUUAACUGGCAGAGUACCACAUAAAUUAAGUAAGCAAGAGCUUGAUCCUGCUACUUCUACCUUCCAAAGUAUAGAGUAACUGCAUACAUUCAGGGCUUGCUCGCAUGCUGCCAUCAGUGUCUGUGGCUGGAAAUCCCUCUGGGAGAGGAGUUUAAAUGUACGUGGCGUGACAUCGCCACUAGUAGGCAGCUCUAAGACUAGCAGGCUUCCACCCGCCUUCCUGGAUUGUGUUUCUUUCCCUUUAAACAGGGAGGAUGUGGAAUAUCAAACCAUAAUCACAGUUGUUGGGAUGCUGGGAGAGGCACCCUGCCUGCUCUACGUCCGGGGAAAAGGAUCGUAUGAUGAGAAGUAUGAAGAAAUGCGCAAAACGUAAAGUGCCCAACCAGUUUUCCAGUAGGUUUACCUGGUUUUUGGUGAUGUAUAGUAGAAAAUAAAAGGCCAUUAUUUCUGUUGA